CCGCAGUCAAGACCACAUAUGGGUUGCAUACCAACAUUUAAUACGUUUUAUCCCAUUUAUACUUUUGUUUGAUAGGAAAAAAAAGUCGCUGCAAGCGCCACCGUUUUGCACACGGUGCCGCAGUCACAAGAUGAAUCUUCCAUUCAGCUUUUUGCACACCGGCUGCCCGCACGCGAAGUGUGCAGACAGCAGCUCCAGUAACUUUCAUCGCCUUUUAAAGUCAAGACGCUUCUUUUUAUUGUCGUUUUUCUUUUCUUUUCUCUCCCAAUUGAGGAAUUCAUUUCCGCUGUGACCUUCACCUUGUCAUCAUGCUCAAAUCCAACAAGGACCCUGAGAGGUCUCACCUGGUGACUGAUGUAAAAAGCACCUACUCCAACUCAGGACGCAGUCUUAGCCUCGAGGCAGUGAAGCAAAAUCUCACAGGUAGCGUCAAACAUUGCCAUGACAACAGCCACGCCCAAGAAGACCGCGAAAGGGAGAAGAAAGUGGCCAGGAAGAGGUUGUACGGGGUCUCCGUCGUCUGCCUAAUUUUCAUGAUUGGCGAAAUCCUCGGUGGCUAUUUUGCAGGAAGCCUUGCUGUGAUGACCGACGCGGCCCACCUGCUUGUAGACUUCACCAGCUUCCUCAUCAGCCUGCUGUCCCUUUGGCUCUCUUCCAGACCGGCAACACACAAACUCAGCUAUGGCUGGCAUCGUGCAGAGAUUCUGGGUGCCCUCCUGUCAGUUGUAACCAUCUGGUUGGUGACGGGAGUGUUGGUUUACCUGGCAGUGGAGCGCCUCAUCAGUGACGAUUACACCAUUGAGGGCACGGUCAUGCUCAUCACCUCCGGCUGUGCUGUUUUGGCCAACAUUAUCAUGGCCCUCACCCUUCAUCAGUCGGGACACGGCCACAGUCACGGGGGACUCUCGUCUCAUGGCCACAGUCACAAGGACUUGGAGGAAAGCGAAGCCCAUCGAGGACGCAGAUUGCAGCAAGCGAACGCCAGCGUGCGGGCUGCCUUUGUGCACGUGUUGGGGGAUCUUCUCCAAAGUAUCAGCGUGUUUGUCAGUGCCAUCAUUAUCUUCUUCAAGCCAGAAUAUAAAAUGGCGGACCCCAUCUGCACCUUCCUCUUCUCGAUCUUAGUCUUGUGCACCACCUUCACCAUCAUGAGAGAUAUUCUGACCGUGCUAAUGGAAGGCACCCCGGCAGGGGUGAGGUUUGCCGAGGUCAGGGCUGGUCUGCUGGCUGUGGAAGGGGUCACGGCGGUCCACAACCUUCACAUCUGGGCCCUCACCGUUAACCAGGCCGUCCUGUCUGCACAUGUAGCCAUAGAUGAGUCGGUGGACGCUCAGACCGUCCUGCGAGAGAUGACACAGGCCUGCUACUCCUCUUACAACUUCCACUCCAUCACCAUCCAAAUGGAGCGACAGGCUGACCUGAAGCCUGGGUGCAACCUGUGUGAGGACCCAAAGAUGUAGUCUAGCAUCAGUAUUUAUUGUAAAUGUCCAUGUUUUGCUCUUCUUUUGUCACUUUUUUCUUGAUGCUGCAGUACACUGGACUGCAUACACACACAAGUCUGCGCAUGACCUUGCACUGAUUACUGAGGUUUUCCAUGAAGAGUGUGGAACUACUGAUGAUGAGACAAUGAAACUUAUUUCCUAUUUCAAGAGAAGCUACUUCUGUCCAUUCAGUCUAUUCCUGUUGUGCCUGUACUCUUUUUUUUUUUUAAAUUUUUUCUUUUUUUUAUUGAUAAUCAAGUGCCUGUUAAAGUCCAUUUAUUAUCACAAUCCAACAGUAUCGAAGCUGCCGCUCCAGGGUAUUUGAGCUAAGGAUGUUUGCACUCAUACUGGUUAUUUACAAAGACCAGUAUCAUUUUUAUACAGUUGUAAGGUACAAGUGAACUUCUUUUCAAUAAAUUCACAGUUCAAGUAUGACAAA